AAGGGCCCCUCCGGCUCAGUCACCUUGGCAAGAAGCCACCCGGAUGUGGUGGGUGGCGAACAGGAUGGGGCGGAGAGUCCAGGCCGUUCUGGGACACCGACUGGAUGGACCACUUUCGCGGGAAUCCCGCAAACUGCUCAGAAACGAGGUGCGAGCAAUGGUAGCCGACUUGGUUUCUUGUUCUUUGAGGGAAAGCAGAAUGCUUCCAUUUCGGGACAAGGACCCUCUGAAGGCAAUGAGGAUUAUAAAGGACGUCCCACUAGAAACCUGAGUGCCCUGAGCUCAUCCACUAAUGCUUUCCCUCCGCUUCUCGACAGCUUUCGCGGUUGAUCCUCCUCCGUUAAGCAGCUUCUGUCCUACGUCCACAUCUCGGGGUGCAGAUGCUUUGACAGCUGAGUUCUAGACUGUUCUCUGCUUCUUUCUACCCGGGACCACGCUCUACGCCCUCCUCUGAGCCUUUGUUUCCUCAUCUGUGAAAUGGGCUCAGGGUUGGAGGAAAGGGCUAAAAAAGCCCUCGGAGCUCGGACAAUGCCAGAUCCAGCGUUCACACGGCUCCCCACGGCCGCCCCCUCCCCAGCUUAACUCCACCCCUACCGAGCAGCGUCUCCCCAUUGCCGGCCGCUAGGGGUCACUGCCUCCCUUUGUCAGCGACCGGGGAGGGCAGCCCGCCCUCCGGCCCUCUCCACGGCCGAAAGGCGACUCGAGGGGCAUCUUACUAGCGAAGGGGUCUGCGCGGGACCCCACGGCCACGCUCGCAGCCGCAGCUGCCUGGGGUUGUGAGGUGCAGGCGCGCGGGCGGAGACCCGGCCAGGGUUGGGCCGGGCGCGUGGGAGCCAGGAGGGGGUUAACGCUAACCCCUCCCCCCGGGCUGACAUCACGGGAGAGCGGGUGAGAGGCUGGAUCGGCGAGUGAGAGAAAGAGAGGGAGAGCAGCAAGCGCGGCUCGCCUCGGCUCCCAGGCAGCUCCACAUUGUUGCGGAUCGCCCGCACCGGGCGCAGCGGCAGCGGUGGGGACCCGUGGUGCACCCGGCUCGCUCCCCUCGCACCUCCAAGACCGCGCAGCCCGGAGCCUCGAGGGCAGCUGGCCGCCGUAGCCGCACACCACCGCCUGGGCCCCGAGCCCUCCGCACCGCCCGGCCACCCUCGGAGAACGGCCGGCCAUGGAAGCCUGCAAGUUGGAGACGAGCGGGAGGGUGUGAGCGCGCCCAGGGCCGGGAGCCUGCGCCGCGCUAGUCGGGCAGCCGGGCGCGCCGGGGGUGGGUCCCUCUCCCCAGCCCGGCUCUGCGUGGAAGAAGAGGGCGGGGACCGGGUUGAAGAGGAGGAGAGCGGAGGAGGCGAAGGGGGCAUGACUCGUGCAACUUGCGGCGGGCAUCUGCCGAGGCUCUGAGCCGGCGGCAGCCCGGGCCCGGAUUGCGGCCGCGCGGAUCCCACCCAGCCCAUCCCGCCCCGGCCGACGGCUGCGGCUGACCUGGAUCCACCGAGCGCCAGCCGGCCGCCAGCGAUCCGCCCUCGUCUUCCAGGCUGGUUUCUGGAGCGCGAGGAGCGCCCUCCUGGCCGCCCCUUUCGCCGGACCCCCGCCCUCCGAUGGCUCGGAUGGGGCUUGCGGGCGCCGUUGGACGCUGGUGGGGACUCGCUCUCGGUUUGGCCACCUUCUUCCCAGGCACUCACACGCAGGUGGUGCAGGUCAACGACUCCAUGUAUGGCUUCAUCGGCACAGACGUGGUAUUGCACUGUAGCUUUGCCAACCCACUGCCCAGUGUGAAGAUUACCCAGGUCACGUGGCAGAAGUCCACCAAUGGCUCCAAGCAGAACAUGGCCAUCUACAACCCAACUAUGGGCGUCUCCGUGUUGCCUCCCUAUGAGAAACGAGUGGAGUUCCUGCGACCCUCCUUCAUUGAUGGCACCAUCCGCCUCUCCCGCCUGGAGCUGGAGGACGAGGGCAUGUACAUCUGUGAAUUUGCCACCUUUCCUACAGGCAACCGUGAGAGCCAGCUCAAUCUCACUGUGAUGGCCAAACCUACCAACUGGAUCGAGGGCACCCAUGCAGUGCUUCGAGCCAGGAAGGGACAGGAUGACAAGGUCCUGGUGGCCACCUGCACCUCAGCCAACGGGAAGCCGCCCAGUGUGGUGUCCUGGGAAACGCGGCUAAAGGGCGAGGCAGAGUACCAGGAAAUUCGGAACCCCAAUGGCACAGUGACAGUCAUCAGCCGCUACCGCUUGGUGCCCAGUCGGGAAGCCCACCGGCAGUCCCUGGCUUGCAUCGUCAACUAUCACCUGGACCGCUUCAGGGAGAGCCUCACGCUCAACGUGCAAUAUGAACCUGAGGUGACCAUUGAGGGCUUUGAUGGCAACUGGUACCUGCAGCGGACAGAUGUGAAGCUUACAUGCAAAGCAGAUGCUAACCCCCCAGCCACCGAGUACCACUGGACCACGCUGAAUGGCUCUCUCCCCAAGGGUGUGGAGGCCCAGAACAGAACCCUCUUCUUCCGAGGACCCAUCAACUACAGCCUGGCAGGAACCUACAUCUGUGAGGCCACCAACCCCAUUGGCACCCGCUCAGGCCAGGUGGAGGUCAAUAUCACAGAAUUCCCCUACACCCCGUCUCCUGAACAUGGGCGGCGUUCGGGGCAGGUGCCCACAGCCAUCAUCGGGGGCGUGGCAGGGAGUGUCCUGCUGGUGCUGAUUGUGGUUGGAGGGAUCAUAGUAGCCCUGCGCCGGCGCCGGCACACAUUCAAGGGUGACUACAGCACCAAGAAGCAUGUAUAUGGCAAUGGCUACAGCAAGGCAGGAAUCCCCCAGCAUCACCCGCCCAUGGCACAGAACCUGCAGUACCCUGAUGACUCAGAUGAUGAAAAGAAGGCCGGCCCACUGGGCGGGAGCAGCUAUGAGGAGGAAGAAGAGGAGGAGGGCGGUGGAGGGGGUGAACGCAAAGUGGGCGGACCCCACACCAAAUAUGACGAGGACGCCAAACGGCCCUACUUCACCGUGGAUGAAGCAGAGGCCCGUCAGGACGGCUAUGGGGACCGGACUCUGGGCUACCAGUAUGACCCUGAACAACUGGACUUGGCUGAGAACAUGGUUUCUCAGAACGAUGGGUCUUUCAUUUCCAAGAAGGAGUGGUAUGUGUAGCCCCACCUUCCGGAGCCUCUGUCUGUGCCCACUUCUCCCUGGCUCCUACCCGCACGCCCCCUGCCCACCCCCACAGUCCACUGCCCCAGGAGCUCAACAGAGACUUGACCAGCUGCCCUAAACCAGCCCCAAACUCCUGGGGAGCCAGGGGAGCUCAGGGCAGACCCCACUUGGCUUCGUUUUUUUAUUUCCGCCCUCUCCCACCCUUCCCCACGGUGUUGUGUUCGACUGUGACUUUGGUGUUGCUGUAUCUUUCCUUUAAGGACCCCAUCCACUGCCCUCUGUGUUGGGAGCCCUGUUCUUGUCUUGUGUACUUGGGCGUCCCUCCAGGGUUUGGGGAGCCAGUCCUCUCCCACCCCCCAACACUGGAAUUUGUUUGUGUUCUCUUCAUUGGGGAGGGAGGGCAGAGGGGGGCUUCAAGAUGAAGAGCACCCUCACCUCACCCCGUAUGCUGCUCCUUUGCCCAAUGUCCCCCCACUCUAAACUGGUGAUGCAGCCAGGGCACCUAAAAGGUUAUAGGGGCGUUCUCUGUGGUAUUCAGGGGAGUCUUGUCUGUGAAAUGAUGGAGCUGAGGUUUCUACUGGGGUCCUGGGCACUGUGUUUUCCUGGUAAGAGUGGCUUUAUGCUUUCUCUGUUCUGCUGGCCUACAAAAUGAGGUUGGCCUAGCUGUCAUAUACCGCUCUCCUUUACUCCCAGUCUGUUCUCUACAGAGUAGGUAACCCCAGCUGGACUCUACUCACAGUCCCUGUAUGCCUCCUCCAACACAUGCACACACACCACUGGGUCUCCCCCAGUGCUCUCACGCCCUGCCCAGGCUAAACACUGCCCCAGGCCCCACCCUCCUCUGCUCAGGGAGGGAUCAGUCCACAGAAGCAUCCAGAGACAGGGAGGAUGAACCACCCGGCUCCUGCUGCUUUAAGAUUUCAGUGUAGCUCCGACCUUUCCAACGGUGAGCACUGUGCACGUUUCUCGGAUUUCUCUUUAUCUGUCAAGUGCUAGCAGCACUGACUUCUUCUGGGAAGUCAGGGCUGGGAUCCCAGGAAGGAAUUUGAGGCAAAGAAGUAUUUAUAUGGCGAGGGCGUCUACAUGGAAGCUCCGCAAACACAAUCUGGUAGACUGCAGGGGACUGCUAACGUCUCAUACAGGAAGGCCAGCAUAGAUGUCACAGGUCUCAAGGAAAGUGCAGGAGCACCCAGGAACCUGCUGCUUGUCCACAGUCUGACUCCUGCUCAGUUUCUACCAGUGCCAUUCUGAGGUGAGGUGGACAAUGAAGGGCCCUCCCUUGAGUGCAUGGAGAAAGGCCCUCCCAGCUCACUGUCCCCAAGCUCAAAGUGCCUCAGUUUCUCCAUCUGUGCCCCAAAUUCCCCACAUUCUAAAUGGGCAUGCCUAUGCCCUGGGGUAGGCAAAGUGGGCUGUGAGAGCCCUAGGGCCUGCCUGCUAGGGUCUCAACUAACUUGGCCCAAGGUGACACUCUGAGGGAUAGCAGGUGUUGGGGAGAGGGAGGCAGAGCAUUCUGUGCCCCACGGGCACUGACCCACCCUGCCAUAGGCUUCCUAAGGGAGCCCCAGCCCUCGCCCCACCCCCCUCCCUGGUGCUGCUAUUGAAUUCUCAGUCCAAGCGCCAUCUCUGGCACCCCUCAGCCCACCAGCUGGGGCCAUUUCGCCAGGCCUUCACUGCCCUAGUCCCAGCCCAGGCCGCCCAGUAGCCACGUAGCAGAAGUCUGAAGCCAUGCCAGCCCUGUGGCGGCUCUCCCCUCUUGGCAUUGGGGACACUGGAUGGGGCGGAGUUUGGGAAAGAAACUUCUAGGGCCUUUCUAGCCACAGGGCAGAGGAAGGUGGAGGAGCUGGGCUGCUUCUCCCAGCAGUAUUAGUGACCCUCCCAUGUCACAGCGCCUCUCUCCUCCUCAUGCCAAUUCUAGCCCCUCUGCUUGGUCCCCUUACUCCCGAGGCAGGAGGCAGAACCUUGACUGCCCCACAGGGGCAUUUCUGUCCCUAUGGAACCAUAAGACUGAAAAGACUCACCCUGCUGCACCUCUCGAACCUUCCACUGUCACCCCCUUAUUCCUUAUUUCGUGACGGACUGAGGAGGCCCUGGGCCCGGACAAAGCACCUAAGCUCCCCUUAAGACACCUGCACGCCUUUCCCCCAAGCAAAGCACAAUUUACGGGGUCUCUGCAGCAGGAUCCUGGAUCCCAGCUGUGGUGCUGCUACCAGGCAGCUGCUACCUGGGUUAAGAGAGGAAAUGAGGCAGGCGUCAGUUGCUGGGCCUAAGGAGCAGGGACUUUCUUGGCGCUGUUUGUUGUGGGACAGUGGCGACGUCCAGGUGACCGUGGAAGGCCCAGUGCAGCAGAGCAGAGGGCAUUCUGCUUCACCUUCGUGGCCCCAACCCAAGCUGAGCAUCUGCCUUGCUGCACAGAGGAUAAACUUGGUGUGUUAACUGUGCCAAGGCCUCUCCAGUUGUCAUCUCUCAUUGCCCUCCCUCUGCUGCCCCUGGACUCCUGUUUCCCUGCAGAUUUUGAUAUUCUGAGUCUCAUUUACCGGAAGGCCCUGAAAAGAACAGCAGCACACAUCAGUGGACACAUGCCCAGCACACUGGCACCCGCCUUUCAUAGACCAAGCACAGGCACGUGUGUGCACAAGUACACACAUGAGGAACGAGAAGCCCUUGUGAAUGCUCAGGCCCGAGACAGUGGACGGGGACCCAGCCCUGGGAAGGUGCCCUCUGUGCCCCAGUCACUGGUGCAAUAACUUUUCUGCUGCCCUUGAGGUGGGAGAAUCAGGACUCAUGUCAGGUGGGUGGGGCCGCCCUGAGCCCAGCAGACACUGCAUUCCCUUUACUGGGAGGAGGGGGGGUGCUCCCAGGCCUCUGGGGGUCCAGGUAGAGACUUCCCCAAGCCUGACUGCCAACUGAAACACCCUCUCCUAGUGAGGGCAGGUGGCUCAAGCUGGCCUGGGUCAGAGGCACCCAGAGGUGAGGAAUCCAGUCUCCCCGAUGCUGCUUUCUGACCCUGGCUGUGAGGAACGGGCUUGGGAGGGGGCGGGGGUGAGUUUUGUUUUUAUGUUAACCAAUGGAAACAAAAUCCAGGAGAAGCUGCCACCCUUACCGCCGCUGAGUGUGGCCAGCUUCCUUUGCUUCGAUUUCUUUGUCACCGUUUUCCUCUUUGGUCCUGGGGGACAGCCCAGCAGAUUCUCCUGGUUCUGACCUGGGGGGGGGUGUCCCACCCCCUUUUACUUGUAUUAAAAAAAAAAGAUGGGUUGAAAAUGUACUGAGAAAAAAAUGUACUUUUUUAUAAAUAAAGUGUUUAAAAACAA